AGAAUGAAGUUCUUCUGACAGUCUUGAGUCGAUUCUUUGUGCAGAGAAACCUUAAUAAAGCAACUCCUCUCUCUUCCAGAAUCAUCCAAAACCAACUCCUCCUCCAUUCUCUUUAUGGCAAGCAAGCACAGCCGUGAUCAAGCUCUGGAUUUCCAGGGCUUUUUAAAUAACUUGCAGGACUGGGAACUUUCACUUAAGGAGAAAGACAAGAAAAUGAAAUCACAGGCUUCUGAUAAAGAACAAUUGACCAAUGAGAAAGGAAGGCCAACAGGGAAAAGCUCCCUGAUUGAUUCUUCGACUACCAGCUCUAGACAAUAUGAUUAUUUGCAGAAUUAUGAUAAAUUCAACAGUUUAUCAAGUAGUUUUGUGACUGAAGAGAAUAUGCCUGAUGCUGCAUCUGAGAAAGAACUGGGAAAUGAGUAUUUUAAGCAAAAAAAGUUUAAAGAAGCUAUUGACUGCUACUCGAGAAGCAUAGGCCUGUCGCCAACAGCUGUAGCUCAUGCCAAUAGGGCUAUGGCCUAUCUUAAGAUCAAAAAAUUUCAAGAAGCUGAGGAUGACUGUACAGAGGCCUUAAAUCUUGAUGAUCGGUACAUAAAAGCAUACUCACGCCGAGCAACAGCAAGAAAAGAACUUGGGAAACUUAAAGAAUCGAUUGAAGAUACUGAGUUUGCCUUGAGGUUAGAGCCUAACAAUCAAGAAAUCAAGAAACAGCAUGCAGAGUUUAAAUCCUUGUACGAGAAAGAGAUUCUUCAGAAGGCAUCUGGAGUUUUAAGAAAGUCUAUGCAAGGAGCUCAAGAAGUAGGGAAGUCAGAGACAAAAGAAAAUGGACUUGGGAUGCAUUCUGCCUCAAAUAGUACUCAACGGACAGGAGUGGCUACUGUUCAAGGGUAUCAAACUAAGGUUUCUGAAUAUGACAAGCAGAAGAAACCUGAGAAGGGAUCUGUAACUUCAGAGGGAAUAGGAGAUAGAAAUACCCUAGCUGGAAGCAGGAAAGAUGGUACUCAACUAGAUUCUGGUAUUGUUGGUUCAGAGAGCAUUAAGAAAAAUAACAGAACUAGAAAGCCUGAGCUGAAAGCUUCAGUGCAAGAGCUUGCUUCUCUAGCAGCCACUCGAGCCAUGGCCGAAGCUGCAAAAAACAUCAGUCCCCCAAAUACAGCAUAUCAGUUUGAGGUUUCCUGGAGAGCCCUAUCUGGUGACCGUGCACUACAGGCUCAUCUUCUGAAGGUCACAUCUCCUAGUGCAUUACCGCAGAUCUUUAAAAAUGCCUUGUCUGCUUCCAUGUUAGUUGACAUCAUUAAAUGUGUUGCCACCUUUUUCAGGGAAGAAGUGGAUCUGGCUAUUAAGUAUCUAGAAAACUUAACCAAGGUUCCAAGAUUUGACAUGCUUAUCAUGUGUCUUUCAUCUACGGAAAAGGCCGAUCUUCUCAAGGUAUGGGAUGAUGUAUUCUGUAAUGAGGCAACUCCAAUAGAGUGGGCAGAGAUUCUUGAUAAUUUGCGUUCUGUGUACUGCCUUAAAAGAUGAAUGGUGCAUUUGAAGAAAUGUUUUCGAGUUAUCAAGUUUGUCCCUCCGAAGCUGUGUUCUGUAAAUGAUUCAUCUGAACUGCUGCAAUGCUCACUACAUUUUCUUUGUAACUUUCAUGGACGACUUCUGUUAAAGCAGUUAAUUAGGAGGCACGAGAUGUUGCUUUGGUCAUGUCAUACUUCUCCCCCAUCUCCCAAGAUUUUCAUGUAUUGUCCAUCGAGUAUGAACCAGCGAAAAAUCAAAUUCUUGUAAUUGAUGGUACAGUUGAAUGUAAACCCCAAGGAAUGGACUGAUGUUUCUUGAUGUCAAAUUGUUGGGUUUCAAUUGAAGUUUUCAAUUUUAACA